AUGCCCUUUAAGUCCAAGUUCAGCCCAGAACUUGCCAACAGCCUUGGCUGGAACUGGGAGAUGUGGUGGACGUAUGAUGGUAUAUCAGGACCCGAAUUCUGGGGCGUGAUCAACCCGGCGUGGGCGAUGUGCUCGCAAGGGCGUCGGCAGUCCCCAAUUAACCUGGACCCUAGGACGCUCCUGCACGACCCUAAUCUAACGUCUGUUUCUUUCGACAAAAAUUCCGUCAGAGGUGAACUCGUCAACACAGGUCACAGUCUCGAGUGGCGAAUCAUCCCUUCGCCUCAAAGGUCGUCCGUGAAUCUCUCAGGAGGUCCUCUGUCUUAUACCUACUCCGUCAGUCACCUCAAAUUGCACUUCGGAGAGAGAGAUUCUCAGGGAUCUGAACACACCAUUGCUAACUGUGCUUUCCCUGCAGAGGGCCCAGCCCCUUACGACGCUCCUGAUUGGCAGGAUGUCAGAGGUGAACUCGUCAACACAGGUCACAGUCUCGAGUGGCGAAUCAUCCCUUCGCCUCAAAGGUCGUCCGUGAAUCUGUCAGGAGGUCCUCUGUCUUAUACCUACUCCGUCAGUCACCUCAGAUUGCACUUCGGAGAGAGAGACUCUCAGGGAUCUGAACACACCAUUGCUAACUAUGCUUUCCCUGCAGAGCUGCAGAUCUACGGAUACAAUUCUCAUUUGUAUCACAAUUUUUCGCAAGCCGCCAGCCAGGUGUAUGGGGUUGUGGCUGUAGCCGUACUCAUACAGGUGGGCGACCGAACUUCUCCGGAAUUAUCUACAAUGUUAGAAGCGGUUCCAUCAGUCAAGUUUGGAGGCUCAGUGUCGGCGCCUUAUGACCUGAGGAUCAGCGAGUUGAUUCCAUCCACGGAGCAGUACUUUGACUACGACGGGUCACUCACCAUGCCAGGGUGCCACGAGACUGUUACUUGGAUAAUGCCAAAUAAACCCCUCUACGUCUCUUUUAACCAGAUGCGGAAUCUGCGCCGACUGAAGCAAGGGACUUCCGACUUCAGCCGCAACGCCCCAGUCGCCAACAACUUCCGGCCGAUACAGUCAGGGCAUCACCGAACCGUCAGAACGAACAUCGUCUUCGCGAGUGACGAAACCGAUGAGAGAUGUUCUAAAUCAGGAGCCGAAAUUCCACAGUAUAAAGCAAAGGAGUGGCAGCAUUCCUGA